AUGGAAUCUCUGAACACCAUCCACCACCGACACUUCAGAAUUUUUAUGGGAUUAUACACCUUAGCCUUUUUCCUAAUAGGGAUUGCUGCAACAUCUUACAGAUACUUGCAGUGGCUGACUCAUUGGGGAGUCACCUUGACUCUUACUUAUUUCAUGCUCAAAAUAGCAAAUAAGCACCAUCAAGCUAACUUAAUUUUCCAAAUUGUAUUAUUAUUUGCCAUAUAAUUUUCUAAUAAGGUCUAGGAACGAUUUUGGAUUGUCCUGAGCUUGAGAAAUUCAAGUCAACUACCCAAAAUAGUUGCAAACUUAAGCUAGAUUAGCCAACUCGGGAGUUAAUAGGGAUUUUCAAGCUUACUCCUUCCAUAAAUAUACAAAAAUUUGCAUAUUAUUAGAGGAUUUAAGAAUUAAGAAUUAUAAAUGGUAAAUUUUAUUGAGUAAAUAAAAAUGACUAUCUUUUGGGUUAAAUUAACUUUUAUAGGAAAAAACUCUCUAAUCGCAAGCCAAUUUCGAAUUACUCAUAUAAAUUUACUAUUGGUAAUACUUAUGCUAAAAAUCCAAAUAAUAUGCAAAAUUUUGAAAAUAUUGGAGGGGAGCUAGGACAAUCCAAAAUCGUUACUGGUCUAUAUUCACCUGCGUCCCCAAAAAAUUAUUACACAUAAAAAUAUAUAAACUUUCGUCAGGCUUCAGUUUUCUGCAAAUAGAUAAAAGAAAUUUAUUGAACCGAUAAUACCAAUUGAAGCUACCCUCACAUUCACAUACUGGAGUUUCGUUUUCCCGAGCUACACACUUGAGCAGAGACCUCCUCUCAUAUACAACAUCUCAGUUCAUAUCUUACAGUUCCUCUUUCUAAUGUUCGACUUUUCUUAUAACAAAAUUCAAUUUAAGCGCCAAAACUUGCUUUAUCCUAUAGUGUUAAUGUUACUAUACGGACUUUUGAAUUUUGUUGUAACAAUGAUUGAUGAACCGAUUUACCCAACACUCACAUUCACAGAUAUUAAGAGCCUUCUGUUCAUGAUUUUUGCAUGUGUCAUGCUAGUAUGUGCUUUUGAAGUUUGCAUUUUAAUAAGUAAGAGUAAAGGAAAAGCUGAAGACAAUGAUAAAGCUGCAAAGCUUUAA